CCGUGGACGAUUACUCUAUAUAGCUGCCACUUCGCCCCAAUGCAACCUUCUCCAGGCAAGCUCUCCCAUCUCCCGCUCUUCUGUUCUCCCUCGCCUCCUGGCCUAAGAUAGUCAGUCGCAACCUCGACUGAGGUAGCGAGCUUGUCCUGCCCGACGAUGGCAUCGGACCCCACCAACGUUGCCGUCGCCGACGGUGUCCGCGCUGAUGUCCAAGAUAAUAAGGAGCUCGCGCUGGCUCCCGUUCUGACGACGCAGGACAACGACAGCAUCGGGCUCGGGGCCGACGGCAGUUCCCCGACGGAGGAGGAGCUGCACACGCUCCGGCGGGUGCCGGACAGGAUCCCGUGGGCCAUUUACACCAUCGCCUUCGUCGAGCUGUGCGAGCGCUUCUCGUACUACGGCACCACCGCCGUUUUCACCAACUUCAUCCAGCAGCCGCUACCCGAGGGCUCGGCCACCGGCGCCAGCUAUGACAUCGAGAACGGCCAAGCCGGUGCGCUCGGCCUGGGCCAGCGGACCUCGACCGCGCUGACCACGUUCAACUCGUUCUGGCAGUACACCAUGCCCCUGUUCGGCGCCUAUGUCGCCGACAGCUACCUCGGCCGCUACCGGACCAUUGGAGGUGCUCUCAUGAUCGACAUUCUUGGCCACAUCAUCCUCAUCGUCUCGGCUCUUCCUCCCGUCAUCAAGACCGCCAACGGCUCGCUUGCUGCCUUUUCCAUGGGUAUCAUCCUCAUGGGCAUCGGCACCGGCGGCUUCAAGCCCAACGUCAACCCCCUGAUUAUCGAGCAGCUCGACCUGGAGAGGAUGGUGGUCAAGACGCUCAAGACGGGCGAGCGGGUCAUUGUCGACCCUGCUGCCACCGCCUCGCGCGUCUAUCACUACUUCUAUCUCUUCAUCAACAUCGGCGCCCUGGCCGGCCAGCUCGGGAUGGUGUACUGCGAGCACUACGUCGGCUUCUGGCUGUCGUACACGCUGCCGACCAUCCUGCUGUGCUUCUGCCCGCUCGUCAUGUUGUGGGGGCGGCGCCGCUACAAGCGUGUUCCCCCGCAGGGCUCCGUGCUGGGCCGGUCGUUCAAGCUGUUCUUCCUCGCCAACAAGGGCCGCUGGUCCAUCAACCCGGUCAAGACGUACCGGCAGCUGCACGACGGCACUUUCUGGGAGAGCGUCAAGCCAUCCCGGUUCGACGCCGCCACCCGGCCCAAGUGGAUGGACUUCAACGAUGCCUGGGUCGACGAGGUCCGCCGCGGCUUCAAUGCCUGCGCCGUGUUCCUGUGGUACCCUCUGUUCUGGCUUUGUUACAACCAGAUCAACAACAACCUGAUCUCGCAGGCCGCCACCAUGAAGAUCGGCGGUGUGCCCAACGACGUUCUUACCAACCUCAACCCCUUCGCGCUGAUUAUCCUGAUCCCGCUGCUCGACGGCGUCAUCUACCCGGCGCUGCGGAAGAUGCGCAUCAACCCGACGCCGCUGAAGCGCAUCGCCGUCGGCUACUUCGCCGGCGCGGCCGCCAUGAUCUGGGCCUGCGUCAUCCAGUACUACAUCUACAAGACCAGCGAGUGCGGCUACUACGCCAACGGCGACAUGCCCGACGGCACGACGCGCGAGUGCGCCAACGUCGAGAUCAGCAUGUGGGCCCAGACCGGGUCCUACGUGCUGAUCGCCUUCUCGGAGAUCAUGGCCUCCAUCACGUCGCUCGAGUACGCCCACUCCAAAGCGCCCGCCAACAUGCGCUCCAUGGUGCAGUCCAUCGCGCUCUUCAUGAACGCCAUCGCGUCGGCCAUUGGAUUCGCGCUCGUCGCGCUCGCCGGCGACCCGCUGCUCAUCUGGAACUAUGCCGUGGUCGCCAUCCUGGCCGUCUUUGGCGGCACCAUGUUCUGGCUGCAGUUCCGCCACCUCGACAAGCAGGAGGACGAGCUCAACAUGCUGCCCAAGGGCGAGGUCGGCGGCGACGUCGCGGCCGCCAAGUUUGCCGACGACGAGAAGGCCGAUGCCAGGGCGUAAGCGCAUUCCGUCGCUUUGUUUUGCGUUGGGCUGGGACGAUGGGAUGAAUGGAUACCUACCUAUGUAACAU